AUGGAGCAUCCGGACACCAGCUUUCAGGGAACAUCGGAAGGUCUUCGUCGUGCUGCGCAGAUCGAGUGGGGCAAGAUCCUCUAUGCCAGCGGGGCCCGGACCGAUGCCCUGCGCCACGCGCGAAGCUGGGCUCAGCGCGAUGCAAAAGCUCGCCUGUUGGGGACACGCUGGGCUUCGGAGGCCUCGCUGCUGCUGCCUCGGGUGGCCGAGGUGGAGUUCCAGGAGGCCAAGGAGCAGCUCCGCGACUCAGAGGCCGCAUACUUCUAUCACGCCUCGUACCUGGACGGCCUCCUCAAGGGACAGAUCAGCGAAGUCGAGGCCAAAGGAACGGCGCGUAGUGAGCCGAAUUGUCCCUUCGAUCGCAAGAACCUGGUGAGCUUCACGGUUCGUGGAUAUCUGCAGGCACUGCAAAGAGGAACAAAGCGUGUUCACUUUAUUCUCAACCGGGUGCUUCAGCUUGCCUGGGAGUGCUGCGAGGUGAACUUUCAGAAGGCGGAGGUGAACGCAGAGCUCAUGAAUGAGGCCAGGGCUUGGCAUGGGAUCCUAGCACCACGUGGAAGACAUGCGGCGCCUGGGCGCACGGAUAGUUCGGAUAGAGUGGGCGUGGCGGCAUAUGCAGCAUCCAAGCAAGCCUUUAAUUCUUCCGCUGAUGACGUCGCUCUUCUCGUGACAGCCAUGUUCCGGCCGCUCGUUGUGCAGACUAAGCUCAGGCUUGCCUUCGACACUGUAGGCCGUGCGCGGGAAUUGCAGGCCCUUGGUAGGCAUGACCAAGUGAAGUUUCAACUUGAGGAAAUCAUCAAGUCCGUGGUGGUGGCCUUUCCCGACCCGGCUGGCUGGCACUUGAUGCAGCUCCUCAAGUCAGACGACAAGGGCCACCAGCAGCUUGGGAAGGAACUGCUGAGCGACGUCGGGAGGCAAGAGAGGGAGCUCCACACCUUGUUCUCCCAGAGGGCUCGUAUCACGGAGGAUCUCAUCUCACUGGCGAAUUGCAACGGCCAGGCUCUGCGGCUGUCGAAAACAUUCCCGCGCCUCGCCGGGGUCCAGAGCUCAAGGAGUGAGAAGUGGCGCGUGCUGGUCCCGCUGCAGGGGCAAAUGACAGCGACAAUCCCAAGGAUCAACUCCGCAGAACAGAUCCGCUCGGUGCAGCUGCGGAGCUUCUUCCCCGAGGCCAUCCUCACCGAGAGGUGUCUGGAGCACGUGGAAGUCUUCCGCUCCAAGGAGAAGCCCAAGAAGCUGACCUUCCUUGGCAGCGACGGGCUCCAGUACCCCUUCCUUUGCAAAGCGGAGAAGCGCGGCGACCUGCGCAAGGACUCCCGCUUGAUGGAGUUUGCGGCGAUGGUCAACCAGCUCCUGGCCAAGAGCCCCGAUGCCAACCGGCGCAACCUGGAGGUCCGCACCUUCCAGGUGGUGAUCCUGUCAGAGAAGUGCGGACUCAUUGAGUGGGUUCCGAACACCAAAGGCUUGCGUCACGUCAUCGAUGAUCUCUGGAAGGGCAGAAAGAACCCGCGACAAAGCCUGAACGAGGUGAAGGAGCUCUUCGAUCGGAGUAAGGACAUCUAUGAGACCUUCACUCGGCAGGUGCUGCCGCGGAAUCCUCCGAUACUGCACAGGUGGUUCGCCCGCUCCGGCGACCCCUCCGUGUGGUUGGCCAAGCGGAGCCUCUUCAGCCAAUCGCAGGCGCUGUGGUGCAUGCUGGGCUACCUCGUGGGCUUGGGAGAUCGCCAUGGCGAGAACAUUCUCAUCGACACAGAAUCGGGGAGGAUGGUUCACGUGGACUUCGAUUGCCUCUUUGGCAAAGGCAUGCUGCUCGAGAGGCCCGAGAUGGUCCCUUUCCGCCUGACGCAAAACUGCGUGGCAGCGAUGGGCAUCACUGGAGUCGAAGGCACCUUCCGGCAGUGCUGCGAAGUGACCAUGGAGGUGCUCCGAGACCGCGGCAACACGCAGACGCUGCUCUCCGUUCUGCACGUCUUCGUGGCCGAUCCGCUCCUGGAGAUCACUCGCAAGGGGACCUCUGUUGAACACCGAGUGCAAACAGCACGCGAUACUAUCGGCGACGUGGAGAAGAAGCUGAAUGGGAUGUUGAAUGUUGGCGCUCUGGUGCCACCCCGUGGGCGCGACGUUCGUGAAUCGGUUCUAUCGAAAGACGAGCGUUUGCGGAGUUUGCUGGGCCGUGACCGUGGUGCCGGCCUCUCAGUGCAGGGACAGGUGGACGAGCUGAUCAAGGCCGCCAUGUGCAAGCGCAAUCUCAGUCAGAUGUACGUAGGUUGGCAGCCCUGGCUCUGA